CCACAAAUAUUGACAAUACAGAAAUGCCAUGAUUUCUAAAGUAGCUAUAUAAUAGAUCCACAACUGCGCAAAUUCCACUGCAUUAAAAUUAUGUUGCAUUUAUAGAAAACAUGCAUUAAAAACACUUCUACUAGUUCACUGAAAAUGUUGUAAAUGAACAAGGAAAAUGUUUGACAAGUACUGUAUACAUUUUUUGUUGAUUGAGGAAAAUAUUUUGAAAAAGUCUUAUCUAACGACAGGAGAGGGCGAAUACUCAUUUAAGCGCUGUGCAUGUUAGUUCUUGUAGGUUCGAAUUGUUAGUGUUAGAUAUUAAGCUUAAUUUAUGGGAAUUAGAAUAGCGUUAGUGAAAUAACUAAUUUAGCGAUAAGCCCCUUCAAUAAAAUUUUUAUGUAUAUAUAUUUGCUACCUAAAACUUAAUAUAUUCGUUAAGUGGAUAUGGCUUCUACUAAGUUGCUCAAUGAUCGGUUGGCCCUUGUUACUGGAGGAGGUAGUGGAAUUGGCAGAGCAGUGUGCCAAGCUCUUGCUCGUGAAGGGGCAAAAAUUGUAGUAGCUGACAUAAACGAAAAUGCAGCAAGAUCAACUUUACAGUCACUUCCUCAAGGGGAAGAAAAUUCAUAUAUCAUGGAGAUAGUGGAUGUAAGCCAGUCUCAAAGUGUGAAUAAUUUAUUUACAUCCAUCAACCAGAGGCUUUGUCAAGUACCUGACAUUGUUGUAAAUAGUGCAGGAAUUACUCAUGAUGGAUUAAUGAAUGAAAUGACAGAGCAAAUGUUUGAUGAUGUGUUAAAUGUUAAUCUAAAAGGUACCUUUCUCAUCACACAAGCUGCUUGUCGAUUGAUGAUUGCACACAAAAUAAAGAUUGGUUCAAUAAUCAACAUUUCCAGCAUCAUUGGAAAAGUUGGAAACAUUGGCCAGUGUAAUUAUGCAGCAUCCAAAGCUGGUGUUGUUGGGUUAACUAAGAGUGUUGCAAAAGAGAUGGCCAAAUAUGGAAUUAGGUGCAAUGCCAUAAUGCCAGGCUUUAUUGAUACUCCCAUGGUUGUGACUGUUCCAGAAAAGGUAAUGACUCACUUCAAAAAGUUGACACCAAUGGGAAAAUUUGGAAAACCCGAUGAUGUUGCAGAAGCUUCUUUAUUUUUAGCAUCUAGCAAAAGUAACUACAUAACAGGCGAGGUAAUAGAAGUCACUGGGGGCCUUUUCAUGUAGCAAAAGUUUCAGUAUGGUAAUCACGUGCAUGUAAUAAUCUGAUUAUGUAGCUUCAAUAUUUUUUUCCCAUGCAAUCCCACAGUUCCUGAAAGAUACAUUAUUAUGAAUGUAGAAACUACCUGUCUACAGUGUUUGUAAAAUAAUCUGUAAGAUAGCACUUUACAUAAAGAUGUACUAGAUGAUCCGAAACUUAAGCAUUUUAGAAUGUAAUUAAAAAAAACUUUUGUUUCACUUGUUAAAGUUUCAACAUGAAACUUUUACCAUCUGCCAGUAAAAUAUGAGAUUAAAAAUAAUGUUAUCUUGUAAUAUGCAAUAAAACAGUAUUGUGAGCUGUGACUAAAACUUACAUUUUUCACUAAUCUGUUUAUAGGACCAUUAUAUCUCGUGCAGUAAUUAGUGUUUGAAUAUAUAUAUAUAUGAAGUGUUUUAAUAUAAAUUGCAUGUAUAUAUUUUUUUAAUAACCAGAAUUGCACAUACAGUUUACAUGCAUCACUUUUAUACUAUGUUUGUGAAUACUGAACAUACAGCUUUUAUGUCUAUCAUUAUAGGAUAGUAUAAUAUGUUAUUUUUAUCCCUUUAUAUCUGUCUAUCUUGGUAUUGGUACAUUAAAGUAUUCUGAAAAUCUUGGGGACACAUUGUCCUUCUUCUGUGGAAAAUAAAAUAUUAUUCAAAUGAAAUGUCCAUACUUCCACUUCCUGUCUGAUUUUCAUGUUUAAGUUUUACCUAUUUUAUAAUUUGAUUUCUCUUUAAAAUAUAACUAUGAAUCAGAAUUGUAACAUAUGUGUCACAUAUGUUCCCAUGGUUUCUACAUGAAUUGUACAUUUAUCAAUAAAGUAAACUUUUCUUUAAGUUGCUAGAAAUAUUACUUUUUUCUUCCUUGAAUAAUGGAAACUGACUUUGUACUUUUUUAAAUGUUUUUUCUAAAAUAUUAAAUUUGGUUUACUUUAUCUCAGUAGUGGAUACAGAGGGUUGAGUAUAUUAUAUUAAAACAAUCUGGAGCUUCACUAUGUUGUUACAUUCUAUGUUGCCAUGUCCAAUCUUAUUCAAUCUCAUAGUUAUGCAUUUUUCUAAUAGCCCUGCAGCAUAGUUUUCAUUGCAAAAGACACUAUAAUAUGGCUGUCAUGUUCAAAGCAUACUACUGCUCCCUGCUAACUAUCCAUAAUUCAUUUAAUGUACAAGGACUGUGGUUUCCCAGUGCCCAUUUCAACAGACUGAUUGCACAGGAAGCCAUACACACUGCAUCCGAUAGCUUGAAUGGUAUGUCUUCAUAUGGAAUAGCACAAAUAUAUUUCAUUCUCCAGUUGCUUGAGGUUUAUGAUGGUUAAACAAGGGGUAUGAAUGGAAAUUUUCCUUAAUUAACCUGUAUCCUCUUGGCCUUGUUACCAUACAAAGCCACUAUUUUUGUGUGGCACAAAGGGUCCAGAACAUUGAAAGAAAGUAAGCAGAACUCAUCUUGAAACUUUGUAUCCAAUAAUGAUCAUAAACUCCUUCUAAAAUGUUCUAUGACAUUCUAUAUACUACUUUAAACAUUUUUUUCAUCAAUUGACUGGUAUGAAAUGGCACAGGACUUCUUACGUUAUCAAGGUACAAAUAUAUUUUGUUGAGUGUCAACCAGUGUUCUCUCUAAUUUUUCAAUUCAUGUGUGGAAUGUGCAGAUGUGUGCUACCAGUUUUUGUUUUUUUUUUUGGGGGGGGGGGUAUUUUUAAACCAUUGACCCUGUUUGAUCAUUAGGCCACUUUGCAAUGCUACUUGUUGGUUAUUUGGGCUUUUGGUCUAUCGACUGCCAAGAUCAUCAAGGCUGUCAAUGUGUUGAGACUCCUCACCAUUACUGAGGAUGCGUGCAGCACGUGAUUGGUUGUUGUGCAGCUGCACAGCUUAGAGGUAACACUGGUGUCAACACUUACACACUACUGUCAUUUUUCCUCAUCUAGGUAUUGUUUGUAUAGCUUUUACAGGUGGUCUUCCUUUCCUGAAUAUUUCAUGGAAACAACUUAUGUACAUGUGACUUUUCCAAAUGGGAAUCCCUCCUUAUUAUAUUAAAUACUGUUGCCUGGGGCAUAUGGGCAAUUAUUUGCCACUGAUCUUUAUGUUUGUGGAUUCUCACCUGUUUCAAGAUGCUGCACUUUGCUUACUAUAGCUGUUGGUAAGAUUUUAUUGCAGGUCUCUUUCUAGAUGGUCCUGGAGCCCCAAGUUGAACCAUAUUCUUUUGUUUUCCAAUGCCUUUAAGUACAACGGAUGCCCCUGCUUUGGAAUUUCUAAAUCCACAAUUUAAACAUAUAUUAAUGAUCUGUGUUUAUGAAUAUUUUUUAUCAAAAAGAGCUGUUCCUAAAAGCAAUAAGGCUUUGGUGUUGUCACGCUAUAUUUGAAAUGCUAAAAAAUGUCCAAAUGUAGUUCUGUUACAUGCAGUUCCAAAGAUAAUUUAUAUCAUCUGUAGUUUUUAUGCACCUUGCUAACUGAUGUAUUCAAAAUAAUUUUCCUAUAACAUACUAAACUCUUAAUUUGUUAUAACAUAAAUCUGUUAAAACAUUUUAUAACCAUUGUCAAAUGCAAUGAAAUACCUGUGAUGUUGUUGAAUAUAGAUGUCUGUAUAACAAAGUUUGAUCUAGAAAUCUAGCACACAACUGAUAAAAUUGAAAAAAAAAACAAUUUUCUCCUGUCUAUUAUGAAAAAAAAGUUCAAUUUAUAAAUGCUAUGUUGUUCUAGGUAUUGUUGGGUGCUAGGUAAAUUAAUAAAGAAAUACAGAACACAAAGUGUCAUACAUCUGUCCCAUUGUUGAUUUUGUAUACCAACAUACAUAUAGUGAGUUUUGAACAUAUUUAAUGGGAAAUAGGCCUACUUAAAGUAAAUAAUACACUAUGUAAAAAAAUUGCAUUUGCUAUAUUUAAAUGUAUGUACAAGU